AUGGCUCUCGUCGACUUGCCACCUGAGCUGCUAUUGCGCGUAGCAGCCUUCCUCACUACCUCUGAGCUUGGCCAUUUCAGACUCGCUUCGAAACACAUCGAAGCUGUCUUGUGUGAAAGCUUCGCUCGCGAGUUCUUCACGAAAAAGCAGUUCAUGCUGGAACAACCCAGUCUCCAAGCUUUGCUCGAUAUUUCCAACCAUCCAACUCUUGCCUCUCGCCUCUCCGAGGUCGUCAUCAGUACCCACGUCCUUCCUCCAGACCCAGAAAUUGUCACUUCGACUGGAAAGGCCAUGUACGAGGCUGGCUACGUCAGUCACGACGUCCUCAUGGCUACCGGUCAAGCUCUCCAUAUGUUGUCAACCGCCUUCUCCAAACUGCCAAACCUGCGUACAGUGGGGUUACGAGACUACAACGGAUUGGGUCGUUAUCGUGACGGACAAUCAGCUACUUGGAAAAGCUGGGGCUGGUCUUUUGGCUGGGAUGGCCUACCUACUUACGACCCAAACGACAGGAUUGGCCAGCGAGCACUCAUGAUCAUGCCACCAGAGCCUGUUCUGCCUCUCCUGUUCUAUGCUCUAGGCCAAGCCAAAGUCUUGCCAGAAAGUAUCCACGUCUUUCUGCGCAAGCGCGCAAAGCUUACUCAGCAAUCUUUCAACAUCCUUGAUGGAUACCUGGGCGACAAGAUCGGACCUGUACUGUGUAACACGAAGGACUUGAUGUUGGCUAUCGGAAGCGAAAGAACAGGCUAUUCUUCUCUUCUAACUGCUCUACCGACGAAACCGGGAGUUUCCACCAAUGCACCUCUUUCACGCCUGCUGCAAUGCACGCCCAAGCUCGAAACCUUGCGUCUGAACUUCGAACAGGGCCAGCCGGCUUACUCUGGUUUUCUGGAUUGGCUCGGAUCGCCAAUUCCGAAUACCCAAAUCCUCUCUUCAGGUCCAGUUGCCGGCCCUGUCUCAUUGCCUCGAUUGACUGCUCUCGAACUGGGCAUGGUCACCGUUUCGAGUGCGGCUCUGUUCAAUGUCCUCACCAAGUUCAACUUGGAGUCUUUUAGCCUGUGGAAAGUCCAGCUUCACGCUUCAUCGGCUAGCGAGCCUGAAGACUUCUGCUAUUUCAAGCCUGUCGGAGCUGGCGAGGAGGACACUCCUGGACUGAUGUCGGAAGCUAAACAUCACGCAGGACCAGGUACAAUUAUGGGUGACUGGUUGCAAGAGCUAUCGAAGCGGACGUAUAUUCCGCCUGCGGAGGAUGACUCAGAUUCCGACGGAAGACUUUGGGAUGUUGAUGGAGGACUCGGGGACAGCGACGACGACAACAACGGGGAUGAGGAUGAUGAUCAUGAUGAUGACGACGAAGAUAAUGAAGCAGACGUUUGA